AAAUUCCCGAGGCAAAUGAGAUCAUUCACCAUGCCUAUUCUUCUCCCCACCUCUUCCUUCAAAACGACGGCCACCGUCGUCAUCGCCGGCGUUUUCUCUGUUGCAACGGCGGUGCUUUUCACCGUUCCUUCAGUCUCGCAUUUCGCGGCGUCCUGUUUUCCGAUCAUUUACGAUAACACCGUCUUCCUCCUAAAGCCACCGUAUCUUUACUUAGUCAUCAAUUGCAUCAUCAUCUCCAUCGUCGCUACAUCGAAGCUCACCCAGAAAUCGGCUUCCACUAUCGAUGAUUCUGAUUUCUCCGUAGAAGUUACGCCGGUUACGGUAGUACCGGUACCUUCUGAUAUAACCAUCGGUUAUUUAAACGUUGCUUCUGAUUAUACCGGAUUUGUCGAGAGUAAUUCGCCGGUUGAUCCGGCGGUGGAAGAUGUUCAGAAAUUUCCUGAAGUCAUCGCUGAUGAUAAGGUGAUAGUCGAUGAUGGAGAUAAUCAACAGACGGAGACGGAGAAUCCAAAACUGAGCUCCGAUUCUCCAGAGCCGGACACGGAGAAGCCGAAACCGGAGAGUGAUUCGCCGGAGAUUUCGAUUCUGAAGAAUACGAGGAAACCGCCGAGAUUCGGUCACGCAAAAUCGCUUAAGAAUAUUCCAGAAGGUGGAAAUAAAAAGUCGGCGUUAGGAGUAUCAAAGCCACCGAGGAGGCAAGACACGCUGGAGACGACGUGGAAGAAGAUAACGGAAGGACGUUCGACGCCGUUAACGAAGCACUUGACGAAAUCCGACACGUGGCAGGAAAGGACGCACGUGCAGAGCUCAAAGGAGAAGAUGACCAAGUCCGAGAACUUAAAUGACGUAAACGCCCCUACGGAGGAGGAGGAGGAGACGCUGCUGCGGAAAACGCGGCUGAAACGCGAGCCGUCGCCGGGUCAGGAGGAGCUGAAUCGGCGUGUAGAAGCGUUUAUAAAAAAGUUCAACGAAGAGAUGAGAUUGCAAAGACUAGAAUCUUUAGCUAAGUAUAACGAAAUGGUAAAUGGAGGGACUCCUGUCAAUGAACACGAGAAAAGGACGGCACCACCGGCACAGUCGCAAAAGUUGACUCUUUUUUAG